AUGGAGGCCGAGACGGCGGCAGACGAGGGCGGCUUCACCAGUGUCUUGUCCAAGCGGGGCCGGCGGAAGCGGCGGGCGGCCGCGGGCGGGGAGGAGCAGCAGCCGCCGGCGGGGGCUGCCAUGGACACGUCGGAGCCGCGGCCCAGCAAGAGGCCGGCCUUCCCGCCGGUGGCCGCUGAGGCGCUCGGGGUUGGCAAAGGCGAAAUUAGGAAGGUCCCGGUGCCGGCCAACAGGUACACUCCGUUAAAGGAGAACUGGAUGAAAAUAUUCACGCCUGUCGUGGAGCACUUGCAACUUCAGAUCAGGUUUAACUUGAAAACAAGAAACGUUGAAAUCAAGACUUGUCAAGAGACAAAGGAUCUGAGUGCUCUAACAAAAGCAGCUGAUUUUGUGAAAGCAUUUAUACUUGGGUUUCAGGUAGAGGAUGCUCUUGCUCUCAUCAGAUUAGAUGAUCUCUUUUUAGAAUCGUUUGAAGUUACAGAUGUCAAACCUUUGAAAGGAGAUCAUCUGUCAAGAGCAAUCGGGAGAAUAGCAGGGAAAGGCGGAAAAACAAAAUUCACUAUAGAAAAUGUAACCAGGACACGAAUAGUUCUUGCUGAUGCGAAAAUUCAUAUUUUGGGAUCUUUUCAGAACAUCAAAAUGGCACGAACAGCAAUUUGCAAUUUAAUUUUAGGAAGUCCUCCAUCAAAAGUUUAUGGCAAUAUUCGGGCAGUGGCCAGCAGAGCAGCUGAACGAUUCUGAGCUGCAGCAUGGCUGUCCCACCAAGGACUGGGGCUGGGAGUUGUGGUUUCUGGAGCUACACAAACACUCAAGACUUCUGCUUGAUUUGGAAGCCCAGAAGAAAACCAGGACUGUUUUGAAAUUGAAAUGCACAAUCAGACAGCAUGUCCCAUUUGAAAAGACUUAAUAUUUCUGUAUAGUCAUUAAAAGUUAUGGUAAAUCAGUUGUGUCUAUAUCAGAAGUAGGGGUACCUGAUUUUAUCUAAAAUCCUCAAACAAAACCAUGUUUCAUUACUGAUUUUCUGAACAUCAAAGUAUUAAAGAGACUGCUGUGAGAA